AUGCGCUCAUUUCUCGCUGCUCUUUUGAUUGCCGGUGUUACCGCACAAACUACGUCUGACUACCUGGCGUGCGCCGAGGCUGCUCUGGACGGCAUUGACACGUCCAAGUUCAGCGACUGCACCGAUCUGAGUAGCACCGAGUGCGUCUGUGCCAACAAAGAUGCCAUCACUGACCUGAGUGACUCGGCUAAGGCGGCUUGUAAAGAUGCUGGUGUUGACCUGAGCAAGCUCAGCUCCUCGAUGUGCAGUGACAGCGACACGUCCACCUCUCCCGCCCGCCAUGCCAGCAAGCCCAUGGAGCCGGCCACUGGAUUCGGCGUCAUGGCCCACAAGCGUGCCUAUCGGCCGGAAGAGCCUGCCCUUGUCGAGACUGCUGCUCCUCGAGUCAUCUACGUGACUGAGACCCGCACGGAGUGCAGCUGCAAGAGCACACCGUUCCCUCACGACCCUAUGCACGUCUCUCAGAUCCCCGUCGAUGUCCCUAUGAGCAGCAGCAUGGGUGCCAUGGUCGCCGCCUCCUCUCCUGCGUACUCUAACGGGAUUAUGGUUGGUGCCUCAUCGUCUGCCAUGUUCGGCUCGCAGAUGUCUGCCGCCACCCCGACCCCCAGCGGUGCCAGCGCCAAUCGUUUCAACACCUUCAAGGGUGCUGCUCCCAAGACUAAUGCAGUCGGCGGUGUCGCCGCGGUUGCUGUUGCUGCUGUCCUGGGCCUGAUGGUUGCUCUGUAA